AUGCUCUUUAUAGAUGUACCUACUACAGUUUACGGUACUUUGAAUGUUAAUUCACGCGACGAGUCUCAUAAUAAAGAACGAUCGACAUGUAUAAAUAAUCUUAUUAUGAACGAAGACAAUCAAAAAAGGCAAAUUAGACCACCAAGUUGUCAACCUGCAAAUGCCGAACAAUAUUCCUAUUAUUCCCUGCGACAGUUGGGAUUGUGUCCUCAAUGUUGUGAAAGUCCUCAGUGCUGUGAAAGUCAACAAUGUCCAGAACAACCUAAAUGCAAGGGAAAGACGCCUAAAUGCAAAGGAAAGGGCAAAGGAAAGGAACCUAAAGGCAAAGGAAAGGGCAAAGGAAAGGAGCCUAAAGGCAAAGGAAAGGCGCCUAAAGGCAAAGGAAAGGCGCCUAAAGGCAAAGGAAAGGCGCCUAAAGAACAACCAAUCAGCGUAUCAGCAUCUGGAAAGGCCAUAAUCAGCAAUCCACCUUGUAAAAAUGUUUGCCAGCCUUCAGGUGAUGUCCGUCGACGAGAUGAGCGUAUACAAUCAAAGCGAUCAGAAAAUGUUUUAUGUCCCAACAACGUUCCCCUUAUUCCAUGUACCGGUAUAUGUGGGGUUGAACAACCAUCACCACCUGAGAUCUUUAUAAUACCUCAAUGUUGUGAAAGUCAAGAACCACCUAAGUGUGAAGAAAAGGGUAAAGGAAAGGGUAAAGGAAAGGGCAAAGGAAAGGGUAAAGGAAAGGGCAAAGGAAAGGGUAAAGGAAAGGGUAAAGGAAAGGGCAAAGGAAAGGGCAAAGGAAAAGGUGAAGGAAAUGGUGAAGGAAAUGGUGAAGGAAAGGGUAAAGGAAAUGGUGAAGGAAAUGAGAAAGCACCUAGUGAGCAACCAAUCAGCGUAUCAGCUUCUGGAAAGGCUACUAUCGGUCCCGAGCAACAACCUAAAGGGAAGACACCUAAUCAUAAUAAUACCCGCCAACCUUGUAAUAAU